AUGAGGAAGACGUUAUUGCUGUGUUUCAUCCACGGAUUCAAGGGCGGAGAUGAGACAUUCCGGACAUUUCCAAGCCACGUGAAGGCGCUCCUCCAGCAUGCGCUGCCCAAAGUCACCGUCCUCACCAUCACGUACCCCCAGUUCGAGACGCGAGGCGACUUACACGAGUGUGUCGGUCGCUUCAAAGAAUGGCUGCAGAACAAGGUCAUAGACCUCGAGGUCGCCAACUCGACCCCUUCGCCCACAGUUGACCCUUCUGUGCGCACGAUACUCGUAGGCCAUUCCAUGGGCGGCAUCGUUGCGGCUGAGACGCUCCUCUCCAUCCUCGCCGAACAGCCGAUACAUUCGCAGUCCAACUCGCAAACUGGCUCUGCGUCAUCGCUUGCCGACCAUUCGAUGCUCAUGUUCCCGUACAUACAGGGCAUUCUCGCCUUCGACACACCAUACCUCGGUAUAGCACCUGGCGUAGUGGCUCAUGGCGCCGAGAAGCAUUGGAACACAGCAAGCUCGGCAUAUUCGGCAUACAACAGUCUUGCGGGCGCUUUUGGAUGGGGCGGCAAGGACACUGCAUCCAGUGCUGUCGAUACGAGCAAGAUGCUCCCAGCACCCUCAUCUACUGGAGACGCAGCAGCAGCACCCAUGUGGCAGCGUUACGGCAAAGUAGCCAUGUUCGCCGGUGCAGCGGGUGCCAUAGCAGCAGGCGGCGCGGCGGCAUAUAUGAAGAAAGACCAGAUAACUCAGGGCGUCACAUGGGCUACAUCACAUCUGGAAUUCGUCGGAGUCCUGGCCCGCCCUGAAGAGAUGCGAAAGCGACUCGAGAAGAUUGCAAAGCUCACUACAAGCCAGGACCUUGGCUUUUGUAACAUGUACACCACUCUUGGCCAUGCCAUCAACAGCGAGAACAAGGAACACGGCUGGACUGGCAAAGUCGCCGGAAAAGACCGCACCUUCUGCAACCUACCCAAAGGGCCUCUGAAGAACUUCUUCAUGCCUGCUGUAAACGACAAGGCCACGGCGGAGACUUGGGCGCACACUUCAAUGUUCGAGCCUCGAAACAACCCCGGUUACUAUACUCUCAGCGAGACGGCCAAGGAGAAGAUCAUCGAAUGGACAGAAUCCACAGAUUGGUACGAGGAGAGUGAGGGACCGUUGACUGGGGAGGUUGGUGAAGAAGCAGAGAUUGUAGAAAGACAAGAAGUAGAUGAGCAGAUGCAGAAGGAGGCUGAUAAGAGGGAAGCAGAAGAGCUAGAGAAGGCCAAGGCUAAGGGCGAUGUAGAUGCUUUAGAGGAAGAGGGCGAGUUUGUGGAUUUGAAGAGAACUGGCGAGGUGGCUGAAGGGGAGGACGAGGCGAGGAAGAGGAGAGAGCUGUAG